AUGAGUAAAUUGAGUACAUUAAAUAGACAAUUCAUAUCGAAUUUAGAUACCCAUAAAGUAAUAACUGAUGCUAAACGAAAUUUAAUUCUUUCAAUUUUGAAAUCAACAACCACUAAACGAGAAGCCAAAAAUUAUCUUACCAAGUAUCAAAACCAAUUUGAUUUCAGUAGUAGUUUAGAAUUUAAUAGGAGUAUAAAGAGUAUAAAUGAACAAGAAUCGUUGACUAAGAGAGAUAUUCAACGUGAAUUGUUUAUCAAUCGUUAUUUAAAUCGUCGGAAUCCAUUUAUUAAUAUUUAUGAUAAUGAAGAAGUUAAAUAUAAAAAGAUCCCACUUCGUAUUGCAUUGUUCAAGAUUAAGGUUCCUAGUAUAACACCUAAGGAAUGGCAAGGGAUUACAGAAACUUUCAAGAGAUUAAUAACGUUUGGCAUUUCACCUAUUAUAAUAUUGGACUAUGAUCAUUUCCCUCAUGAUUCAUUCAAACAUAAUGAAUUAUACAUGAUUGAUGUUGCCAAUAAGUUGUUAAAUUAUUUAGGAAAACCUGAAGCCGAAGGUGAUUUAAAGGCAACAAUAGCCCGGUCUUUGUUUACUUCGAGAGAUGGGGUUAUUACUAUGGACAGUUUGGAACUGAUACUUAUACCUCUAUAUCAAGGAUUGGUCCCCAUUAUACAACCGUUUGUAUACAAUGCUGAAACAAGUUAUCAAGAAUUAAUCGAGCCGGAUAAUUUAUUAUAUUCAUUAUCGUCAGCCUUACUUGAAAGAGGUUCAAAAGACUUAUUGACAAUAGAGAAAAUAGUCAUGAUUGAUCCAAUUGGAGGAAUACCUUCAAUUGAAAGAAAUCAAUCCAGUCAUGUUUUCAUAAAUCUUUCUCAAGAAUAUUCUGAUAUUAUUUCAGAAUUGUAUAUUGGACAUAUCGAACCCAAGAAUCGUGAUUUACAUCUUCAAAAUUUGAAUAGCAUGAAUAAUAUUCUAAGUUUCAUUAAUGAAAAAUCAGGCAAUGAUGAAGCAACAGGAAUAAUCACUACUCCUGAAAUCAUGUCAAUUAAUAGUGAUGAAUUGAAUCCAAUUAUUUAUAAUGUGCUAACAGAUAGACCGAUUAUAUCAUCUUCUUUACCUAGUUCCAACACCAGAACCCAGAGACUUUCGACAUCUGUGAUCAAAAAGGGUGUGGAUGUUCAGAUAUUUGAUCAGGAUGACUAUCAUCGAGAAUUUACAUUGAAGAAUUUAUUCGAAGAUAAGUUAGUCGAUAAAGAUAGAUUAGUUGCGUUAAUGAAUGAUUCAUUUGGUAAAGAAUUAGAUGUGGAUUCAUAUUUGUCUCGUAUUAAUAACGACUUGGCUACAUUAGUCAUAGUGGGAGAUUAUGAUGGAGGUGCUAUAAUUACUUGGGAAUAUAGUCAAGGUGAAAAAAUUGCCUAUUUGGAUAAAUUUGCAAUUGCAAAAAAGAAUCAAGGAUUACCAGGUUUGGCCGAUAUUAUAUUUAAGAUCAUCUUACAAUCACAUCCAAAUGAGUUGAUUUGGAGAUCGAGGAAAGUUAAUCCUGUAAAUAAAUGGUAUUUUGAAAGAUGUUGUGGAUGUAUGAGUUCACCCGAAUCGCAAUGGAAGAUCUUUUAUACUGGAGAGAUAUUUAAUAAGAAAAUAAAACGAUAUGAUAAUAAGAUUGUUAAUGGUGAUUUAAAUAUUGGGAAAAAAUUAAAACAAUAUUCUGAGAUUUGUGAAAGUAUUCCUCCUUCAUUUAUAUAG